UCCCUUUCUGCCCUUCCCUUUUCCUUUGGCUCCUCCCUUACCAAAUGUCUCGGCCUGCCGAGUCCCACCAAGCUCUGCAAAACCCUGACUCAUGUCAAAGCCUCUCUCUGUGUCUCCGUCUCUCGGUCCCAUUCUGUGAAGUUCCGUUGUUUUGACUGAGAGACGGUGAAAUUCUCAGCCAAACGGUGCUCUUUUUUGGUUUCCGGGGGUGUUUUUUUCUCACCCAUUGAAACGCCUCUGGUUUGCUCAGGAAAAGAAAAGGAACCCCCCCUUUUGGUUCGUUUACCUUUCUGGCUUGCUUUCAGCCUUCUCUGCUUCGUUCCGUUUCUUACCACUAUCUUCCAGUUAAUGCAUUCUACUCCUCUCGGUGCUUCUCACUUCAGCUAAAUCCCAGUUCUAAGAGCUUUUCGUUUCAGAGGCAGAGCAUGUAAUCGUCGAAUAUAUGUUGUGUUAUUGGUCACAGAUAUUGAGCGGCAGUGAGUUUUGGUUCACUGGGUUUUGUCUAAUUUGUGUGUCUUUUCGUUUUCCUUGACUGGGGUCCGAGUUUUGUGGGAGCCCAAGUGCCAUAUGAGGGCUUUGUGAACUGGGAUUGAUUGUUUUUACCCUUUAACAAACUGGGUCUUGUUGAGUAUCAAGGCUUGUUCCUUGAAUUGGGAUUUUUUAGCUGAACGUGAUAAAACGGUGCUCCUUGAACGCUUUUGGGGCUCUCUAAUAUUCAGGAUGUCUGAGGAUAAUCAGGGUUUUGUGGCAUGGGAGGAGCACAUUGUAUGUAAUGAGCGUGGUAAUCGUGUGAUUCAUUUUUAUCUCAAGGAUGUGUCUGGGGAUUCAGUCCUUGCUGUUAUAGGGACUGAGAGGAGUGUAAGGCACAUGACAUAUGUUGUCUCGGAUGAGUUUAUGCGAUUAUACGGGUUUGAGAAAUCCGUCAUUGCGUGCACGAAAUGGCGGGCAAGAAGAGAAGUGGUGGACUGGCUCACAUCCUUGGUGUCAAGGCAUCUUGUGCCGUAUUCGGAUAUUUCAAAUUCACCGACAAUUGACUCAAGACAAGCUUUAGGACCUCUCGAAGUAUCGAUGAGUGGAUCCUGUACUCACCAAACUUACUUCCAAGAUCAUAUGGUUUCAAGGAAAGUGAGAGUUCAAAAUUCAGACAUUGUAUGGUCUGGUAUUGCUUGGAUCUGUGCCAAACAGCUAAAGCACUACCCAGCUUUUUGCAGGAAUGGAACUACCAUAGCUGUUCAUUCAUUUGUAUUUAUUAUGGCUGAAGAAGGAAAUCAGCAUCUUGGUUACUUGGAAGAUAUGUAUGAAGACAAGAAAGGACUCAAAAAGGUGAAAGUGCGGUGGUUUCACCAUAAUAAGGAAGUCAAAGGUUUGAUCCCUCAACUGAAUCCCCACUCAAGAGAAGUUUUCAUCACACCUCAUGUUCAGGUGAUCAGUGUCGAGUGCGUUGAUGGUCUUGCGACAGUUUUGACUCCUAAGCAUUACGAAAAAUGUGUGGAUGCUGUUGCAGCUACUUCUUCACCUGGAAUCCACAUGUGCUUUAGGCAGUUUAAGAACCAUAAGAUCAAGCCCUUCACACUUCCUAAGUUGCGUGGGUAUUCUAAUCAAGCAAUCCUCUCUUCUAUAGAUGGUUCUCUUGUGGCCCAGCAAAAACUUAAGCGCAAUAAAUUGCAUGUGGAAGAUGAGGAAGAGAUUGCACAUGAUGACCCUGUGAAGGUGGGCGCUAAGAGAAGCAAAAGUUAUAUGUGGCAUCAAGGACUUGAAACUGGUUCUUCUGAUGUCAGAAAUUCAUUCCCUGGGGAUCAGAUAACGAAGUGUGAACCAAAAUACCCAAUGUUAAAAUUAAGAUUUUCGAGGAAAUUGAUGGGAAUGAAGUCCGUUGAGCCCCUGGCCCAAUGUCCUGUUUCUCUUAAGGUUGAUGAGAAGAUAGAGCUACUCUGUCUAGAUAGCGGCAUUCGAGGCUGCUGGUUUAGGUGUAAGAUCUUGCAGGUGUCUCAGAAGCGUCUGAAAGUGCAAUAUGAUGAUGUGCAGGAUGCAGAUGGUUUUGGCAAUCUAGAGGAAUGGGUCCCAGCAUCUAGAGUUGCAGCUUCUGAUAAAUUGGGGAUGAGAUGCUCAGGCCGCCUGACAAUUCGGCCAAGCCCUCCUGAGGAUUUUACAGACUGUAAAUUGGAGGUUGGUGCAGCGGUUGACGCACAGUGGAGUGAUGGCUGGUGGGAAGGUGUUAUAACUGGAGUUGACAUAUCUGGAAAUGAUACUCUGCAUGUUUACAUCCCUGGCGAAGACUUAUUUCUGAAGCUCCAGAGAAAGAAUGUUCGAACUUCCAGAGAUUGGGUAGGGAACAGAUGGGUUGAUAUAAAGGCAAAGCCUGACAUACUCAGUUAUUUAUCUGAAAAUGCCAGUCCUAGCUUGAAGCUCUCAAUGUCUUCUGCUCUGGCUGAAGUAUCCGGGCGCGGUGGCUCUGCAUUGUUGUAGCCCAAAGUUUGCAUGAGUCCCAACCUAGAAACAGUUGAAGAAGACGAACAAGAAUUGCCUGAUUUAGCCAUAUCUGAAGACCUCCUGGAAAAAAUGAAGGGGGUCAAUUCGAGGAAGCGGCCUCGUGAAGAUGAAAAUGGAGAUAAUAAUGAUAACAGCGAUCUUGAUUCUUCCAACCGGAGAUGUGCACAACUGGAGCCGAACUAGUGGCUAGUGUCUGAGCUGAAGAGUUUUGACGUCAAUGAUAGAUAAUUAGAUACUUAAAGUUGGGUUCCUUUGUGUAAAUUAGGGGCAUGACUUUCGGUAUAGGAAGGCUGAAGGAUGAUUCUCAAGUUUUCUAACAUCAGGAGAAUUGGCAGGUGUACAGCAAUAUAUCAGGUAGGUUUUAACCAUCCGGGGUGAAAGGUAGCAUUUUGUUUAUAAUCGAAGUUCGUAGUUAGUAUGUGAGGCUAGGUAGUGGUAGUUGAGUUAGUGCUUUUGCACCCGCAGCGAUUGUGCUAGCAAGUUCUGGCUUUGUCCUCACCAACCUAAUGGUUUUAAAGUUAUAGUUUUGUGUUUUCAACUGUAAAGCUUAUUGUAGUUUCAGAAAGAAAUUAAAGGAUGUAUUUUGUUAUCAA